UCUACUUGGAAUAUUGUAGAAUAACUUGGUAGCCUUACUAAUGUUAAAUUAUUAGCUGACUUUUGAUGCUCUAUUGCAGAGCUUCUUCUCUUAAACCAAAAAAUAAUCACGUUAUUAAAAUUAAUGAAGUUUUAUAGCGAUCUGGUCAAGCUGUUGUUUAACUAGGAAUAAUCUAGUAAAACAAAUUAAAGAGAGUUUUAUAAAAAAAAGACUCAUGUUUCCGCCCGGGUUCGAACCGGGGACCUUCUGCGUGUGAAGCAGACGUGAUAACCACUACACUACGGAAACCGCUGAUCGAGGCCUCGCUAGUAAUGAGUUAGGUACUAGCUGCAUCGACAAAAAAUGCUCCCGCCAUUCCAUAGCACUCACGUCCUGUCUGUCUGUCUGUCUGUUGGAUCUCGCGAUCAAAUGAUCGAGCCUCUCAUGAAAGGUGCAGUGACGGCGGCUUCUGAUCACACGAAAGAAGCAACGAACGAACGCGCUGCUGCUGCUGCUGGGGUUUGCGAACACGAUCUAGGUACGCUCAAUCGCACGCUUGCAACGUUGACGCACGUGAGAAAUGCUGUCUUUUCGAAGUGAAAACAAUUUGUUGUACGAUCCUUCCCAUCGGAAAAAAUAAUGCCUCAGUUAGUUAGUUAGUCCGUCCGAAACCGUUGGAGAGAUAAAAUGUUGCUGUUAGCUGGUUUUCUUCUAUUCUCUGUGCAGCAAAUAUACGCCGCUAUAGGCAAUAGGGUAGAUUGGGAAGACAAACACUUACUUGUGCCACAACUAGUUAGAAAAUACGGCUAUCCAAUCGAAGAACAUCAGGUUCACACCGAAGAUGGCUACAUACUAUCGGUACACCGGAUCCCUAAUAGAGGCACAACUUCCGAAGGAAAACACCCAAUCCUGAUGAUGAACUCACUGUUCAGUAGCAGCGCGGAAUGGGUACUGAUUGGACCGAAGCAUGGCUUAGCGUAUCUCCUGGCCGAUCAAGGCUACGACGUCUGGAUGGGCAACGCUCGGGGCAAUCGAUACUCCCGCCAGCACGAGCAGCUUCAGAUCGCACAGCCGGGCUUCUGGAACUUUACCUUUCACGAGAUUGGUUUCUACGACGUGCCCGCACUGGUUGAUUACGUUCUGCGGCAAACGAAAGCUCCGAGAUUGCAUUACAUCGGGUUCUCCCAAGGUGCACUGGUUGGCUUUGUGGCCCUAAGUUACCGGCCAGAAUACAACCCGAAAGUGAUUCAACUGCAGGCAUUUUCACCUGCCGUAUUUGUCGAUCGAAAUCCUAGCACCGUUAUAACGAUACUAACCCACCUGGCCGAGGAUAUUUCCAAGCGUUACACCUCUGCGAACAAAUUCCAGUUUGCGGCGCACUCGGAUGGUGAGGCUAAGUUUCUCCAGCGGCUUUGCAGCCCACCGACGCAGGUAUUAUGCCGACUUCUGAUCCACGACGUUGUCGGUGCUAAUCCCAGCAAUCUGGACUCGAAAAUGCUGCAGAUUUUUCUAGGUCACUUUCCGGCGGGGUCUUCCCUUAAGCAGGUGUUACACUUUGCGCAAAUGGCUCAGGAUGGCAUCUUUCGCCAGUACGAUUAUGGUGAUGCGGAGAGCAACCGACAGGUUUACGGCGGAAACGGUACCGUUCCCGGCUAUGAUCUGACCCGAGUGACGGCUUCGGUGCGAACCUACUUCGGACUGAAUGACAAUACGAUCAACUACCGUAACGUGCGCCGGUUAGAGCAAAUGUUGCCGAACCUGGCGGGCAGCUAUCCAGUGCCGGAUGAACUCUUUACCCAUUUCGAUUUUAUCCUCGGCAACAAUGUGCGGACUGUUUUAUACGAUGAGGUGCUGCGUAGGGUGAACGAGGCGGAGAACGGGUUGGGUUGAAGGAGAGCUUUGCUCUGUAGAUUAUAAUUAUUACACAAAAAAUUAGGAGAAGUUUAAACCGUCUAAUCCAGAGGAGUCGAACCCUUUAAAAUCAAAGGUUCAAAUUAGUAAAAUUAUAUUUUAACAUUAGAAGCAUGAAAAAACGAACAAAAAAGGAAACACAAAAUAAACACAGAAAGUUUGAAUUUUGAAUGAGCCAUCAUUCGAUGAUAAUUGAAAAACAUUGGAUGCUCUGUACCUAUAUCCAAUUUUUCUUAGCUACGUCCUAAUCGAUCUGCACGCUGUUGGUUACAUUUGAAAGGUCUUUGGUACCAUCCG